AUGAUAUUCAAGUAUGUGUGUAGAGAGAGAGAGAGAGAGAGAGAGGAAGAGUUUUAGAUCAGAAAAGAGGUGCGAAGUAGACAGAGUUCAAAUAUAUUCAUUUGUAUAUUAUAUUGCCAACAGGUGUGUUUUUUCCCUCUCUCGAACGUUCUUCGUAUAUUAUUUAUAUUUUUUUCAUAUAAAUACAUAUACCUUUUUUCAGAAAAAAAUGGGCCGUACUAAACAAACCAUGCGCAUGAGCGCCAGCGCUAGCGAUGAGACAUUGGCGGAAAAGGCGGCAAGGCUUGCAAAGGAGCAGAAGAAGGCGAAAAAUGCGGCGAAAAAACUCGAAGCGCAAGAGAAACGAAAAAUUAAAGGAAUCGCGAGAUACGGAGGAUCACAUCGAAUGAGCUUGCGCAAAAAGGGUUAGUUGAAAUUUUUUUUAAUCUUAUGAUUUUUUUCAAACUUGUGAAAAUUUAAGAUUCCAAGUAA